AUGAAUUAGUAAAAUACAAAUUAAAAUUAUCAAAGUUAACUCUAAAGAAAUGGCUAUGAAAUAGUUAAGCCAUAAAAUUUAUCUAUGGAUUAUUAUGAUCCAAUGCUCCAUAAUAAACCUUAAUAUAAUAGGUAUGAUCCAAAUACAUUUAAAGAUUAUGGUAAUUUAUCAUAAAGAGUAACUCCUGAUAUACCUGUAAGAUAAUUAAAACCUUAAACUAUAUAUACAUCAGCAAAUACUAAAUUAGUCUAAUAGCCUUAUUAUGAAGCAGCAGAACUGUAAAAGAAGCCAAUAGAUUUAUAGAAAUAUGAUAGAUAAAAAGAAUUUAUGGAAUAGAAAGAAAGAGCAUAAGAUAAAAUUCAAAGUUUGGUGUUGAAAUCAACAAUAGCAUAGAAGAGUCCAGAAUAAAUAAUAAAUGAAUUUAAAGCUUACACUCUUCCGAAAUUAAGAUUGAAGAGAUUGAUAAUGCUUUAAGCAGCAAUGAAGGGUUAUCAUGUAAGAAGAUUUAAAAUACCACGAAUAAAAUAAAAAAUAAAAGUAUGUCAAUUAUAUGCAGAAGAUUAUUUAAGGAAAGUUCUUUAUGUAUGAAUUUUAAGUAUGUAGGAUAAAUUUAUACCAGAUAUAGUAUUAGAAGUAAUUACUUACAAUAAAUAUAAUUAAGAUUUAUCACUUUAUAGUGAUAAGCAUUAAGCUUAUUUGAAAAUAAUAGAUGAUUUAUUAAAUAGAGUAGUAAGAAGAAUGGCUAAUGAAGUAGUUAAAGACUAGACUGAUUAUUUAGUUACUAGCAUUUUAAAUUAAAGAUUUAAAGAUAAGCCAGAGCAAGAAAAAGAUCCAAUGAAAUUAGUGGCAUUUUAAACAAUACAGAACUUUUUAGAUAAAGAAGUGUAUAUCAUAGCUAAAGAUGCAAUUAAAGAAUCAAGUUCCAAUUAUUACAUAGAUUUAUAGUAUGCAAGAGUUAUAAAAGAUCAUAUAAUACCAAAUACAUUAAGAACAAUAAUAUUUGAGGCAUUAGAUGAUUUAGCAAUUGAAAAAUAUUUAAAUGAUUUAUGUUCUGAGAUGGUUAGAGAAAUCUCAUAACCUUUAUCAACUUAGAUGACGUAAUUAUUAUAGGCAGAACAUGAAUCGGCAUCACUUGAUUAAGCAUUAUAAAAUUAUGUAUAUAGAAUGAUGGGAGAUGUACUUAUAGAACAUUUAUUAUUAAUGGAUAAUCAGGACUUAGGUAAAGAUCAUGUUCCAUCUGAAAAUUCUGAACUGUGAAAAUUCAUAUAUAUAUUUAAGAUAAG